GAGUGAGUCUUUGUACAGUCAGGGCUUCUGCUGGGCAGGGCCAGCUGCUAAUCCUCCAGGCGGCCACCGGCGCGGGGCGGGGGGGCGCAUGGGGCAUAUAGGUGGCGUCCGCUGCUGAGAAACACCUAGCGCAGGUAAAAGGGUGGCGGCGAGAGGGAGUUCCCACCUGUUGCGCUCUUAAAGAAAUGAAGACUUAAGAAAAUCCCAGGAGGAGCCGAUCGGUGUCUUUCGGACGCGCCUGGAGCCCCACCCUGGGCCAGAGGAAAAGCCCCUUGGGUGCGAGGCAGGCGCUUCACCCAAAGCCAGAAAGGAAAGCUCCUCUCUCCGCGCGUCACCUCCUCCUGUGCCUGGCACUCCUCCUGCGCGGCGGGCCCUGCCUGACUCUCGCCGCGGCCUUUGGCCCCGCCGAGCCCGCUCGCCCCGGCCUCCCGGUGCAGCGCGGGUGACCUGUCCCCGAGUACUCCCAUGGCGUCAGACCGCCCCACUCGCUCCCGGAGCGGAGCCCUCUGCCGGCAACUGCUGCUGACCCUCACGAUCUUAACACUUGCCUGUGAUGCCUGCAAAAAGGUCACGCUACAUGUUCCCUCCAAACUAGAUGCUGGAAAAUUUGUUGGUAGAGUUAACCUGAAGGAGUGCUUUCAAUCUGCAAAUCUAAUUCAUUCAAGUGAUCCUGACUUCCAAAUUUUAGAAGAUGGUUCAGUCUAUACGACAAAUGCUAUUCUUUUGUCCUCAGAGGAGAGGAAGUUUACCAUAUUACCUUCCAACACUGACAACCAAGAGGAAGAGAAAAUACUUGUCCUUUUACAGCAUCAAACAAAGGUACUGAAGAAGAGGCAUUCUAGAGAGAAAGUUCUAAGACGUGCCAAGAGAAGAUGGGCUCCUAUUCCUUGUUCAAUGCAAGAGAAUUCCUUGGGUCCUUUCCCACUUUUUCUUCAACAGAUUCAAUCUGACACCGCACAAAACUACACUAUAUUCUAUUCCAUCAGAGGACCUGGGGUAGACCGAGAACCUAUAAAUUUAUUUUAUGUAGAGAGAGAUACUGGAAACCUGUUUUGUACUCGUCCUGUGGAUCGGGAGCAGUAUGAAUCUUUUGAGCUGAUUGCCUUUGCCACAACUCCAGAUGGAUACACUCCAGAACUUCCACUGCCCCUGGUAAUCAGAAUCGAGGAUGAAAAUGAUAACUACCCAAUUUUUACAGAAACAACUUACAUAUUUACAGUUCCUGAAAACUGCAGAGUUGGCUCUACCGUGGGCCAGGUAUGUGCAACUGACAAAGAUGAACCUGACACGAUGCACACGCGUCUCAAGUACUCCAUCAUCGAGCAGUUGCCAGCGUCAGCCACGCUGUUUUCUAUGCAUCCGACGACAGGCGUGAUCACCACGUCAUCAUCUCAGCUAGACAGAGAGCUAAUUGAUAAAUACCAGUUGAAAAUAAAAGUCCAGGAUAUGGAUGGUCAAUAUUUUGGUUUGCAGACAACUUCAACUUGCAUCAUUAAUGUUGAGGAUGUAAAUGACAACUUGCCAACAUUCACCCGUACUUCUUAUGUGACAUCAGUGGAAGAAAAUAGAGUUGAUGUGGAAAUCUUACGUGUUACCGUUGAAGAUAAGGAUUUAAUAAAUACUGCUAAUUGGAGAGCCAAUUAUACCAUUUUAAAGGGCAAUGAAAAUGGGAAUUUUAAAAUUGUAACAGAUCCCAGAACCAAUGAAGGAGUUCUGUAUGUGGUUAAGCCACUGAAUUAUGAAGAAAGACAACAGGUGAACCUACAAAUUGGUGUAGUUAAUGAAGCUCCGUAUUCUAAAGAGGCUAGCUCACGAUCAGUCAUGAGCACAGCAACAGUUACCGUUAAUGUAAAAAAUCAGGAUGAGGGCCCCGAGUGUAGCCCUGCAGUGCAAACUGUUAAAAUUAGAGAAAAUGCGCCACCGGGAACAAAGAGCAACGGAUAUAAAGCAUAUGACCCCGAGACGAAAAGUAGCAGUGGCAUAAGGUAUAAGAAAUUAACUGAUCCAAAAGGGUGGGUGACAGUAGAUGAAAACUCAGGAUCAAUCACAACUUUCAGAAGCGUGGAUAGAGAGACAGAGACCAUCAGAGGUGGUGCAUAUAAUAUUACAAUCCUUGCAUCAGGCAAAGAUGGGAGAACGUGUACUGGGACACUGGGAAUUAUACUUGAAGACGUGAACGAUAAUGGCCCAGUUAUCCCAAAACAGACGGUGGUCAUCUGCAAAACCGUCAUGUCAUCUGCGGACAUCUCUGCAGUGGAUCCUGACGAUCCUAUAAAUGGCCCACCCUUUGACUUCAGUUUGGAGAGUGUUCCUGAUGCAGGCAUAGAAAGAAUGUGGAGACUGACAAAAAUUAAUGAUACAGCAGCUCGUCUUUUCUAUAAGGACGACCUUCCAUUUGGACCAUAUCAAGUACCUGUCAGAGUUAGAGACAGACAUGGCCUGUCAGUCGUCACUCCAUUAAAAGUUACACUAUGUGACUGUGUUACUGAAAAUGAUUGCGCACUUCGCACAGACCCAAGGACUGGCAACGGAGAAGUGAGGCUUGGAAAAUGGGCCAUCCUUGCAAUACUGCUGGGCAUAGCAUUGCUCUUUUGUAUCCUAUUUACCUUAGUCUGUGGGGCUACCGGGACAGCUAAACAGCCCAAAGCGUUUCCUGAUGAUUUAGCCCAGCAGAACCUCAUCGUGUCAAACACUGAAGCUCCUGGAGAUGACAAAAUGUGUUCCACGAAUGGCUUCACAACCCAUACCGUGGGCAGUUCAGCUCAGGGAAUUUGUGGCACCUUGGGAUCAGGAGUGAAAAAUGGAGGCCAGGAGACCAUUGAAAUGGUGAAAGGCGGACACCAGACCCUGGAAUCGUGCCGGGGGACGGGGCAUCAUCACACCCUGGAUUCCUGCAGGGGAGGACACGUGGAGACGGACAACUGCAGAUACACCUACUCCGAGUGGCAUAAUUUCACCCAGCCCCGCCUUGGUGAAAAGGUGCAACUGUGUGAUCAGGAUGACAAUCAUAAGCAUGCUCAAGACUACGUCCUUACGUAUAACUAUGAAGGAAAAGGAUCAGUGGCUGGUUCUAUAGGUUGUUGCAGUGAACGACAAGAAGAAGAUGGGCUUGAAUUUUUGGAUCAUUUGGAACCCAAAUUUAGGACACUAGCAGAAGCGUGCAUAAGGAGAUGAGUGGAUUCUAAUAAGUCUACAAAAGCCAGUGGCUUUAUCUGUCUCCCAGCCCCCCACCCGCCCCCACUUUUUUAAAUACAAGCCAGGAUUUUUUAAAAAUAGAAGAUGCUAUGUUUUGGGUUUUCCCCUUCUUUAUUUUGAUGAGAUCUCUUUAGCCAAAUGCAUAUUUACAGAAAAAUGCUGUAAAUAAGUAUACAAAUUACCCAUUUUUUACAUAGUUAUAAAUUAGUUGUCUUCCAUCCAAGGAGAUCUACAGGGAGAAAAAUUAAGGAAGUCCACAUUAUUGUUUACAUUUGGGUAUAAUGUCAAUAGCCAACUUAUAGUGCAAUAAAAUGUAAUUAAUUCAAGUAUAUAUCAUAAGCUACUUGAAAUAUAACCUAAUAGAAAAUUUCAGAGAACUUGCUUUAGCAUUAUAUUCAUUUACCUAAUUAAUGAAUUGUGUGGUGCUUAAAAACUGUUGCUGUCCUGAACAUUAUGAAGUGUGUAUAUUGCAUUCUUGAUAAUGUUUUAUUCUCACAGCAUUACCUUUCUCAAGGUAAAGGGAGAGUCCCAACCAGGCAUUGACUGUUAAUACAAUUCCAUUUUGGUGGACUUUAGUUUCUAGGUUGUAUUCUAUACAAAAUCCUGAACUGAAUCUAAAUUUCUCUGUUACCAACCUUGUCAGGAAAAUUUAGUUUUAAAAACUGCUCUAAGAAUGUAUUUUUAUUUCUGCAAGGCCUUGGUCUUUGGUCUCUCUCUCUCUCUGUCUCUCCCCCUUUCCCUCUGUGUCUGUUUCUCUCUCUCUACUUCUCUUUCUCUUCUCUUUAUUUUUUAAAUUUCUACUUGGGUUGGAGAGUCUAAAUAUUUUAAAAAACCAUCACUCUUCUUUUAUAAAGCGAGUUAUUCUGUUUUUGUUUUAUGUAAGUGUAUUAUUCUCUGUUUUUCUCGAAAUUAAUGUCAUGUUGAUGUUAUUGUUUCAAGUAUCUUGGUUAUUGCUUCAUUAUUUCCUCAACAAAGGAACUUAUAAUUCUGUCAUUAAAACUGUAAAAAUA